AUCAGUUCCCAUUUCUCUCUCUUUGGAAAAAGAAGAGAAAGAUUUCGGAAGAGGACAGUGCAGAGCAAAAACACAGAUUAUUUUUUCAAUAUAUAUUCGUUAUUUUGCCUUUUUUCCUUGUCACCGGAUUCAUCAUACCAUCCUUGACACCCUUUCCUCUCCAUUCCUCAUCAAAUGAAAACCCUUUUCUCUCUUCACUUCAUGAUGUUGAACUUUGGUUUUUGAAGUUUAGGGUUUUUUGUCUGGUUUUCAAGCCAAGGGUUUUGUUUGAUUUUUGGUUUUUGGGUAUGGAUAGUUACUAUCAUUUUAACAACGGUGAUACUCAUUUACCACCUGGCUUUCGUUUCCAUCCAACUGAUGAAGAGCUCAUUACUUACUAUCUCUUAAAGAAAGUUCUUGAUAGUAGUUUUGCUGGUAGAGCUAUAGCUGAAGUUGAUCUUAACAAGUCUGAACCUUGGGAACUUCCUGGGAAGGCAAAGAUGGGAGAGAAAGAGUGGUAUUUCUUCAGUUUGAGAGAUAGGAAGUAUCCAACUGGAUUAAGAACUAACCGAGCUACUGAAGCUGGUUAUUGGAAAGCUACUGGUAAAGAUAGAGAGAUUUACAGUUCAAAGACUUGUGCACUUAUUGGCAUGAAGAAAACCCUUGUUUUUUAUAGAGGAAGAGCCCCUAAAGGUGAAAAAAGCAAUUGGGUCAUGCAUGAAUAUCGUCUUGAAGGCAAAUUUGCUUACCAUUAUCUCUCCAGAAGCUCAAAGGAUGAAUGGGUGAUAUCCAGGGUGUUUCAGAAGAGUGGCUCCGCCAAUGGUGCCACCAGCAGCACAGGCGGAGGAGCCAAGAAGACCCGGAUGAACGCCUCCUUUGCUGUCUAUCAAGAGCCAAGCUCUCCUUCAUCGAUUUCCCUUCCACCUCUCUUAGAUCCCACCGCAACUGCCUUUGCCACCACUGAUCACGACAGCUUCUCUUACGACAAUUAUGUUCAAUCCGAGCACGUGUCCUGUUUCUCCACCGUUGCUGCUGCUACAGCCGCCUCUUCCACUGCCACCACCACAACCGCCCCAUCGGCGUUCCACCCUGGUUUCGACCAAGCUUUUCCACCUCCACCCCAAAUGAUCAACACCACUUUUGAUCCCAUCGCAAAGUACUCAAGAAAUGUGGGUGCUUCCGUUUUUCCAACCCUGAGGUCACUUGAGGAGAAUUUGCAGCUCCCUCUCUUUUUCUCCCAGCCAACAAUUGCGGCACCAACGCUUCACGGUGGCUCAUCUGUCAACUGGGGAGCUUUUUCCGAUGAAAUUAACGAUGGUUCUGGUGGUGGUAACAAGAUAUCAAUUGGUCCAACUGAGCUUGAUUGCAUGUGGACUUACUAAACUACUAAACUUAAAGAGGAAUUUCCACCAUUAAUGGUGCUUGGAAUUUUCUCUUAUCAUUAUCUCUAAUUAUGUUGUCACUAGGAGUAGGCAUGGAAAAGGACUACUGAGAUUUUCAUUAUCACAUGUUUGUAAUUAAUUAAUGCUUAUUGCUAUUAGUUUAAUCUUAGUUUUUUUUUUCCUUUGAUGCUUAGAUGAAA